GCUUGUCAGAGACAUCACCGACCUCCCACCCCCCCUUUCUCAGCUUCCUCGGCUUUCGUCUAAUUGCAUCGUGGUUCUGAGUGAGUGGCCGCGGACCGACUAGCUCUGGUCUGUGCUGUCUGUCUUGGAGUGAGGCUUUCGACUGAUGUCUCUGCCUGUCAGGAAUUUAAAGUGUCUCUCGCCGGUCAUGUGCCAGUGUAAGGUCAUCUGCAGCCACCGGACCCUCUCUCUCAUGUUCGGGUGCAAGAAGUACAGGUACCAGGAUGAGGAGACGCCCCCCUUGGAGCACAGCCCAGCACAUCUGGCUCCAGGGAAAAGUGCCGAGAUGCUUCAUAUGAGCGACAAGAACCUUGCUGCCAUGGAGGCCAUACAUGGCUACACACCUCACACACAUAUCUCUCCUGUCAAGCCUGUGUUGAUGUCCACAGGACACACUCCAAUGUACACCUCCGCAGUUUCUACCCUGGGAAAUACUCCUCCAGUGGUGGUGAACACUGACACACUUGAUGGCUCCCCAUAUUUGAAUGGGACGGAAGGGGAAAUCGAGUAUGAGGAGAUCACACUGGAAACAGGUAACUCAGGCCUGGGCUUCAGCAUAGCAGGGGGAACAGACAAUCCCCACGUGGGUGACGACCCCAGCAUCUUCAUCACCAAAAUCAUACCUGGAGGAGCCGCGGCUCAGGAUGGGCGGCUGAGUGUGAAUGACUGCAUCCUCUUUGUGAAUGAUGUCGAUGUGAGGGAGGUAACGCACAGCCAAGCUGUGGAGGCUCUUAAGGAGGCAGGUGCUAUCGUCCGCCUCUACGUUCUCCGCAGAAAACCUGCAGCUGAGAAAGUCGCUGAACUCAAACUCAUCAAAGGGCCUAAAGGGCUAGGUUUCAGCAUUGCUGGAGGGGUAGGAAACCAGCACAUACCUGGAGAUAACAGUAUCUAUGUCACCAAGAUCAUUGAAGGUGGGGCGGCUCAUAAAGACGGGCGCCUGCAGAUUGGAGACAAGAUCUUAGCGGUGAACAACGUGUGCCUGGAGGAUGUGAUGCAUGAGGAUGCGGUGGGGGCUCUGAAGAACACAGCCGAGGUGGUGUACCUCAGGGUGGCCAAGCCCAACAACCUGUUCCUGACCAACUCCUACAACCCUCCAGACCUCACCAGCACAUAUUCCCACAUGGAUACCGAACUUAGCCACCCCAACUAUCUUGGGUCAGAUUACCCACAAGCCCUCACUCCCACCUCACCUAGCCGGUUUUCUCCUAUUCUACAUGGGAUGAUGGGAGACGAUGACAUCCCCAGAGAGCCUCGCAGAGUUUUGAUCCACCGAGGUUCCACAGGUCUAGGAUUCAACAUUGUUGGAGGAGAGGAUGGAGAGGGAAUCUUCAUCUCCUUCAUCCUGGCAGGAGGGCCAGCUGACCUCAGCGGAGAGCUGCACAAAGGCGAUCAAAUUCUCAGUGUGAACGGCGUAGACCUUCGUAUGGCCACGCAUGAACAGGCAGCUGCAGCGCUGAAAAACGCUGGGCAGACUGUGACCAUCAUCGCUCAGUACAGACCUGAUGAGUACAGCCGUUUUGAGGCAAAGAUCCAUGACUUGAGAGAACAGCUGAUGAACAGCAGCAUGGGCUCUGGGACCACGACCCUGAGGAGCAACUCAAAGAGAGGCUUCUACAUCAGGGCUCUUUUUGACUAUGACAAGACUGCGGACUGUGGCUUCCUCAGUCAAGCACUGGGCUUCAAGUUUGGGGAUGUGCUGCAUGUGCUGGACUGCGGAGAUGAAGAGUGGUGGCAGGCCCGUAAGGUCAGCUCCCAGAAUGAGGCUGAAGAGGUUGGCUUUAUCCCCAGCAAGCACAGAGUGGAAAGAAAAGAGUGGUCUCGUGUUAACACCAAAGAGAGGGACCAUGGUCGAGACAGCUUGGGCACUCAAGGGAGAGAUAAAACCUCCCACAGUUAUGAGACAGUCACUCAAGUGGAAGUUCAUUAUGCAAGGCCCAUCAUCAUUUUGGGUCCUGUGAAGGACAGGAUAAAUGACGACCUGUUGUCUGAAUUUCCCGAUAAGUUUGGAUCUUGUGUUCCACACACCACACGGCCCAAGAGGGAAUAUGAGGUGGAUGGACGGGACUAUCACUUUGUGUCAUCACGGGAACAGAUGGAGAAGGAUAUCCAGAGCCAUCGGUUCAUCGAGGCAGGCCAGUACAACAGUCACCUGUACGGCACCAGUGUCCAGAGUGUCCGCGAGGUGGCAGAACAGCAGGGGAAACACUGCAUCCUGGAUGUAUCAGCCAACGCUGUGCGCAGACUACAAGCAGCUCAGCUUCAUCCCAUUGCCAUCUUUGUCCGGCCCAAGUCACUGGAGAAUGUCCUAGAGAUCAAUACCCGCCUGACAGAGGAGCAGGCCAGGAAAGGAAUGGACCGAGCCCUGAAACUGGAGCAAGACUUCCUAGAGUGCUUCUCAGCUGUCGUGGAAGGAGAUAGCUUUGAAGAGGUCUAUCACAAAGUAAAGACAGUGAUCGAGGAGCAAUCAGGGCCUUACAUCUGGAUCCCCACUCGGGAGAGGCUGUGAUGCUGCACCCAGGCCCGACAACCCCUCCCUCACGCCCGCCGACCAACACCGCCCUCCACUCCCAUGGCCAAGCCAGCCUCGCCUGCCUGUCUGUCCUCCAGCAAAAGUCAGUGCUUAGGCAAUCACUGAGAAUGACACAGAGAGACAUGCCAAGACAAACACAGAGACAGAGACACACACAAGAAGUGACACAGCGAGGAAAGGAACGAUACCAAAAAAAGACGCUAAGACAGAUGUGAACACAGUGAUAUGUAAUUGGACUGAAAGAGACUGAGAGAAAAGACUUAAUUAGUAAUCUACUUUAAUGAGGCAGGACUCAGUACUGAGGACCCCCUCGCACUUAGCAUUAAAAUGCAUCUUGGCAACAAGUGCACAGCUCUAAAUACAGCUGUGACUGACAUGAUUGUUCUAAAUACAGCUGAUUUAGUGAUGAACAUACCAACUUAGUGUGAAAUGGGUUUCUUUUUUGCUGUUUAGUUGAAUUUCCUGACAGAUAAAA